AUGGACAUUGAAACGGGUCUUUCGGAAGAAAGGGCUCAUCGAACAAGAUCUCGGCUGCUCGCUUCGAGGAGCUGGACAUCGUGUGCCAGAUGGCUUCCCGCAGCGGGGCGGCGGAUACCAGACAAGACGAGGAAGAUUGAAGACUACCCUCGGGGCUACCCCCAGUUCUCCGCUCUGGUCGCCGCCAGCGACGGCUUUUACAUCUGUCGCCGAUUUUCCCACAUCCGGGCCCGCCUCCUCCUGCUCAAGCAGGACAGGCUCUCUCAGCUGGAGAAGCAGCUCGAGCAGGUCGACGACGAAGAGCCGUCGCCGCUGUUCCUUGGGAAAAGUAGGCUGGACGCGAACGAACAACGCCGGACCGUGCUGGCGGAGUUGGAGACGGCCUUGGCUGACUAUGACUCUUUCGUCGAGCGAACGUCGCGGUUUUUGCAGCUCAAGCCCGCCAGUCCCGGGGACGUCACGAGUCUGAAGAAUUGGGUCGACGGCACGGCUUCGCUGGCCAGGGAGGAGACCGAGUACCUGAACCGCCCGAGGGAUUUGGUCAACCUGGCCUCCUUGGGAGACAGUGCCAUGGCGAAGUUGGAGGCUUGGGUGGAGACCAAGAUGAUCCGAUUCUACCCUGGCUUUCGCAAGUUGCCGUUGCACGAGAUCUCGAGGGAUCCGAACGUAUACAUCUACUCCGGCAGCCUCGUCACACACGUCUCCAAAGCGGUCUUGUUGUUCCUGGUGGUCGCCCUGCUGUUGACGCCCGUGUUGCUGUGCAGUGCCGUGGAGAGCAUGGCGCUCCGGAUCGCGUUCACGGUCGUCGCCAACAUCUUGACCCUGUCAAUCCUGACCAAUUUGGCAAAUUCCAGGACGUUUGAGCUUUUUGUCGCCGGGUCAACGUAUUGCACACUGCUUGUCGUCUUCUUGUCUGGAUCAGGGCCAAAGCAAAACUGA